AGUUGCCUCUUCUCUCUGGCAGCAACAACAACACUCGGAAAGCGAAGCAGUCAGUCUCGCCCCUCCGCUGUCAGCAGCAUCAACAUCUUCAUCGUCGUCCCCGCCGGCUCCGGUGGCAGAGAGGAUGGUUCAGCGGAACGGCAGCGGCGGAUGCGAAUGACAGCCACGAGAUAAUGGCCCUGGAUGUACGCGAGUGUCCGAAUGUGCGACCAGUGACCAAGUGAGAGGACCGUGGAAGGAAAACACUGAACCAUGUUGCUCUAAGUUGUGACCUGUGGUGAACGGGGGAGGAGGAAGAGGAGGAGGAGGAAGGAGAGAGAAAGAGGUGUAGGCUGGCAGACGGGCAUCUGCCACAGCUCCCUUUAGGUGGCCCUUGGCAAGCGUGAAGCGAUGGGCAACACAGCCACCAAGUUUCGCAAGGCCCUCGUGGGUGGUGACGAGGCCCUGGCCUGGCAGCUGUACGAGGGCAACCCUCAGUUCAGGGACGGCCUGGACCCCAACGCAUCGUAUGGAGAGCAGUACCAGCACAACACACCCCUGCACUACGUAUGCCGCCACGCCAUGACGCGCCUGCUCAGGUCCUUCCUGUUUAGCAAAGAGGGAAACCCCAACAAGCGUAAUGUGCACAAUGAGACAUGCCUCCAUGUGCUGUGCCAAGGCCCGCAGAUACUGCUGCUGCCAGAGGGAGCGCUGUCACCACGACUGGCCCGACCACAGAGGGAUGAGCAGCGCCGUGCGGACUGCCUGCAGAUGAUCCUGAGCUGGACUGGCGCCAGGCUGGAGGGAGGCCAGUACGAGAAGGCCAAUGUUAACGCCACCGACAACCACCACAGCACCUGUCUGCACUACGCUGCUGCUGCAGGCAUGAAGAGCUGCGUGGAGCUGCUAAUCCAAAGUGAGGCGGACCUUUUUGUGGAGGAUGAGGACAAGUUGACGCCAUGUGAUCACGCCGAGCGGCACCACCACACCGAGCUGGCCCUCAGCCUGGAAUCGCAGAUGGUUUUCUCGUCCUCUUCAGCUCAGCAGUCAAACACAGAUGCACAUGGUGAAACCAACCUGCUGCAAUACAAAGAGCCUUACGAGGGGCUGAAGAUUCAGGAUCUGCGCAGGCUGAAGGACAUGCUGAUCGUAGAAACCGCAGACAUGCUGCAAGCCCCCCUCUUCACUGCUGAGGCCCUGCUUCGAGCGCACGACUGGGACAGAGAAAAGCUUCUGGAAGCCUGGAUGUCGGACGCUGAGGGCUGCUGCCAGCGCUCCGGCGUCGCCAUGCCAACCCCUCCGCCCAGCGGCUACAAUGCCUGGGACACCCUGCCCUCCCCUCGCACUCCGAGGACCCCACGCUCACCCCUCACGCUCACCCUGACUUCCCCCACCGACAGCUGCCUCACACCUGGAGAGGAGGGCCUGGCCACGUGUGGGAUCUGUCUGUGCUCUAUCUCAGUCUUUGAGGACCCGGUGGACAUGUCCUGUGGUCACGAGUUCUGCAGAGCCUGCUGGGAGGGGUUCCUCAAUGUAAAGAUUCAGGAAGGCGACGCUCACAACAUCUUCUGUCCGGCGUACGAGUGCUACCAGCUGGUGCCGGUGCAUGUCAUAGAGAGCGUGGUUUCCAGAGAGAUGGACCAGCGGUAUCUACAGUUUGACAUCAAGGCAUUUGUGGAGAACAAUCCGGCCAUCCGUUGGUGUCCCGCAGCUCGUUGUGAACGGGCGGUGAGACUAACCCGACCAGGCCCGGGAGACAGUGACCCUCACAACUUCCCCCUGCUGCCGUCCCCAGCUGUCGAUUGUGGCAAGGGUCACCUCUUCUGCUGGGAGUGCCUUGGCGAGGCCCAUGAGCCGUGUGAUUGUCAGAUGUGGAGGAACUGGCUGCAGAAAGUCACAGAGAUGAAGCCUGAGGAGUUGGCAGGCGUGAGCGAGGCCUAUGAGGAUGCUGCUAACUGCUUAUGGCUGUUGACCAACUCCAAACCGUGUGCCAACUGCAAGUCUCCCAUUCAGAAGAAUGAGGGCUGCAACCACAUGCAGUGUGCCAAGUGCAAGUAUGACUUCUGUUGGAUCUGUCUGGAGGAGUGGAAGAAGCACAGCUCAUCAACAGGAGGCUACUAUCGCUGCACUCGCUACGAGGUCAUCCAACAGCUAGAAGAGCAAUCCAAAGAGAUGACUGUAGAGGCAGAAAAGAAGCACAAAAGUUUUCAGGAGUUGGACCGUUUCAUGCACUAUUACACUCGCUUCAAGAACCACGAACACAGCUACAAGUUGGAGCAGAAGCUGCUUAAAACGGCUAAAGAGAAGAUGGAGCAGCUGAGCAGAGCCUUCAUUAGCCGUGAAGGCACUCCUCCAGACACACGUUUCAUUGAGGACGGUGUGUCUGAGCUGCUGAAGACGCGGCGCGUGCUGAAGUGCUCUUAUCCAUAUGGCUUCUUCCUGCAGCAAGGCAGCACCCAGAAAGAGAUAUUUGAGCUCAUGCAGACCGAUCUGGAGAUGGUCGUGGAGGAUCUGGCCCAGAAGGUCAACCGGCCGUACCUGAGGACGCCGUGCCACAAGAUAAUCAGUGCUGCCCGGUUGGUGCAGCAGAAGAGGCAGGAGUUCCUGGCUUCAGUGGCCCGUGGCGUCGCUCCCAACGACUCUCCUGAGCCGCCCCGCAGGAAUUACCCAGGAGGAUCGUGGGAUUGGGAGUAUCUUGGCUUUGCUUCCCCCGAGAUGGGAAGUCGUCACUCUGUACUGGGAGCAGGAGAUCAAAGAGAGAGGCAGUCACAGGAUUAUGCUGACAUCCAGUACCGUCGCAGACCCAGACCACGGCGCAGAGGUGACAUGCUGAGUCUGCACAACCUGAGAAGCAGCAGCAACACACCAGAGACCAGCAGGAGGAGUGACAACUCAGAAGGCACAGAGAGGAGUGAGGGUCGCAGGAGAGCGCUGGGCUCACUGGAUGAAGAUGACCCCAACAUCCUUCUAGCCAUCCAGCUGUCGCUGCAGGAGUCCCGCAGAGAGCGAGGGCUGGAGGGGGGCGAGGGGAGAGUGGAGCUGGACAGAGGACUGGAGAGGAGGACAGGUCCCACAGGAGACCUGGGUGAUGUCGCUUUGCACUCUCUCUCCACAGAGGGGCCUCCUGGAGCCAGAGGCUCGUCCUUCCCCACUUCCCUCCUGGAUCCUCCUCGCCCCCCUAACAGGACAGACUCCACCUCCCAGCCUUCCAUAUCUAACUCCCUCCCUCUUCCUCCCCCCCCUCCCUCCCUCAGUGCAGAGCUGCUGGAGCUGGGAGACAGCCUUAUGAAACUGGGGAACAUAACCACUCCUUAUGAGCUGGACACACACACACAGGAGCAGCUGUGCUCUCACCACACAUACAGCCUCAGCAGCCUCACCGCUCCGUACACCACUGAACCUGCUUACAGCGACUGCAGCCACAGACAAGACCAGACUGCACUGAGUACCCCGUAUGUGCUCGAUCAUAUCACCAUCACAGACCCCCGUUAUGACAGCAAAGAGCAGAGUUACUGCCACUCCACUGCUUAUUUAGCUGAGGCUGAACACAGUGCCUCCUGCGCCCUUGAACGUACUCAAAACCCCGCCCAUCCUGGUUCGUAUAGCAGGGAACAAGCAGCCACGUACGACAGCGCCCCACAACCAGACAGCUCUUACAACCCCUGCCCAGAACACAGUAGCUCUUACACUGCAGAGCGUCCCACCGCCUACGCUCUCGACCGCCCCACGAAGUCCGACCCCCAGCCCCCCGCCCAGUUGUGCCUCCCGUCUCCAGAGCUCGAGCCGGAGCUGCUGCUUUCGCCGGUGAUUCCCCCCGGGGGCCCUUUCACCCCCAGCGACCCCCAGAGUCUGGAGGCUUUGGACCCCACAGCCAGUGCUCAGCUGCUGGACAACAUCAUGGCCUGGUUUAACAACAACAUCAACCCCCAGAACAACCCCCAGAGCCUGGCCCUCAUCCCCUCCCCACCCACCACAGAAACCGACUCCUCCCCGGACACGCACACUGAGACUGAGACCGAGAGCCAGACCUCCAGGGAGGUGACCCCCGCCCUGAUCUGGCAGCCCCUGGAGGGCGAGCCAGAGGUGGACAGAGGGUCGGCAGGUCCCCCAGCAGGUGCUGCGGGCGUGGAGGGCCCGAAGACGUUGAGGCCCAGCACUCUGGAGCUGGAAAACAGAGACGCUGGAGACGAGGGCGUGGAUGCAGGGUGUGUGGCUGACCUGUCGCUGGACGAAGCACACACACACCCGUGCUCACACUCCCAACGUGGAAACAGUCCCGCACACACUGCCCCGGCCACAGAGAGAGACUUGGACCUGGUCCUUCAGUUAGAGGAGGACCGGUCGCCUGAGUGGGAGGAGCAGGAACACCUGGUGUGACAGAACAAUGUAGAGGGAAGGUAGAGCCAAGUGCAGGAAGAGAUCAGAGCGAGCGAUGGAAGAAAAAGAGGAGAAAUGAGAGUGAAGCACUGAUAGAGAAUACAGGAUUUAAUAGUGAUGCCUCUGUUAAAGAUGCUGGUCUUUGGGGGUUUGAGUGUUUAUUGUCUGUAUUAUACUGUAUCUAGAGAGGACAUGAAGCCCUGCGGACUUUGUCCAGUAACGAUGAUGUCAUACGCAGUUUGAUUAUUUUUAAGUGCUUUUCUGUCUGCUCUAAACACAGGCAUUAUUCUUUGAAGCAAAUGAGUGUUUAAAACCAAGUACAUCAAUGGAAAAGCUACUGAUAUCAUACCACAAACAAAGCGACACGUUUCUUUGUUUUCUUCUUUUAUUUAUUCCCCUGCCUCUCGUGUUCGUCUUCUCCGUUUUGUUCAGGGUGAAGUUUUGGUGCUGAUCACGCUGAAAUCCAAACUUGCCUCGUCUAACAACACUUGAUUAACACACUGACCCAACCAUGAGCCCGUUCAGAGCUCCGGGAGCCAAAUAUGACGAUAGCUGUAACCUUUGGAGCCUGUUUAGCGUGCUGUACAAUCAGAGGGCCUGAUUCUGGUUUUUGGACCUUCAAGCACACUGUGCCUGUUUUGUUAGUGCCAACACACUACUGAUUCUUUCCCUUUGGUGACCCGUCUGCUGCAGAAAUGUCACACUGCUGCGGCGUGCUUUAAAAGUAGUCCACUCAGAAACUGUCUCGUCCCCCUGCAGAGGAAGGUCAGUCAGCUACAGAGCCCUUAAGCUUAGUGGAGACUCGGUGUGAUGGGUGCUUGUUUUCAGGAGGGACUGUCUGUUUUUGCUGCUCAAUGCACCGUCCGGCUACUUCCAGACGGCAUCAGAGAUGAGCUUUCAUCCAUCAUCCCGUGUGCAGUAUUUUACAAUCACUUUGGCUCAGUAUUUGUUUGCAAAACUCUUGACUGCAAACCAAAUUUUGGCACCGAAUCUCACAUAAACCACCAAAUGAAAUGAAAUGAGGUAAUACAUCAAACAGUAUAGAAUAAGUUUGUCUCUGAAUUUUAAUAAUGCUGUCAAACGGUAAUUAAAUUCAUCAAAACGAAGCGAGCAGCAGAGGGGGAAAAAAAGCCAUUUAUGCUGAAGAGUGGACUCAAAAUUAUGAAUUAAAGGUGGAGUCAGCGAUACUAAUCCAAUAUAUUUGUUGUCAAAUUGCUCCAGACUCCACCUUUAAUAUCGUUUAAAAAGAAAAAAAAAACAGAAUGGAUAGCAGACUUCCUACACACAGAGUUUAGUGCUUCACAAGAGGCACCGAUUUCCAUUGACUGGAUUUAAUUAAAUUGAUAAACAAAAUAAAAUAUGCAGCAGCACUUUAAGUGUAGAUAAAAAUCUGACUUUACAUUCCAGUGCAGUCUUCAUACAAGUCAAAAAUAAUGGCUGGUUUUGUCUUCUAAAACACUACAAACAUUUAAUUUUAGCACAGUUUACACUACUGAAUGUGUUGUAGUAUUUGCUCAGUAAAGUGAACAUGAAAUUCAGUUCACACAUUAAGAGUUUUACACAUUAAAUCUGAGCCAAAGCCAACCUAAAAUAAAAAAUACUGUAAAUAAAAGCUAAUUUAAAGGAUUUCUAAUUGUUUUCAUCAUAUCUGUCCCACUACUGAUGGCUACUAUGGAGGACAUGGGUUGGGUUUUACUGUAAUUUAACCUUUUUAUUCCUUUAUUCCUCAUUCUAGAGACGUGACAUUUCUUCCAGUGGAGACCAGAGUUGUUGGGGUCUGUGUGCCUUUUUUGUUUAUUUGUUCAUUUUGUUGGUAUUUAUUAUUAGUGUCAUUGCUUUUUUAAACAUGCUGAGCAAAGUUGCUGAUGAAAAAUAAUGAAAUAACACACCACUCUAUACACUGAUAUAUGCUUUAUCGAUACACCCUUGGUUUAUCUUAACUUCAGUGGCAGUUCCCGAUUUUUUUUUCUUUCUUUUUUUGUUCAUUUUACUGAAUCAAAAACAGUUUUGAGGCUGUCUGAAGGAAUCCAUUUCCACUUUCUGUGGACUUUCAGCGGAUUUGAUUUCACGAGGCCCUUUAAAUGUGACUCCUGGGUUGUUGUUCAGCCUCAAUCUUUAAAACUUUCUAGCCCAAAUAUAAUGUUUACAAAGGAAAUUAAACACUGCCUGCUGUGAUGAGAUAUGAUUUGGUGCUUUUGGGGACUGAAAUGAUAAUAAUAAUGGAGUGUUUUGAUGAUACUUUUAUGGCAAACAAAUGUAAAGAAAUGCUGUGUAAGAACAAAGACUGACUCGGUUCAUAAUACUCCAUCUGGUAUCACUUAUAAUUAAUAGUCUUGAGCUUUUUUAAAGUGUGAGAUCGGAGGUGACGGAGGCUAAAAUGACAGCUUAUGUGUCUUUUUAUUAAACUGUGAAGGUGCUGAAGGUUGGUUUACACACUUUAGGGUUACACAGUGCAGCGGUAAAAACAUUAAAUCUGGAGUCUUUAUUUUGCACAAGCAUGCUGCUGACAGGCAACAUGUGGACUAACGGUGGUUUUCUUGUUUUGUUUUUUCAUUUGGAAUCGACAAAUGCUGUCACACAAAAUGGUCGUGUGCCAUUUUAAACUUCACGCAUAAUGUUUUAUAAUUUAUUGCUCCCUCAGCCAACGACAGAAGAAAUGAAAUUGCACUCUCAUAGAUUAUACUUGAUACAUUCCCAGCUGGGUAACAGAAAGGUUUGAUGUGUGGCCAAAACUAUAAAUGAAAGUGUCAGUGCAAAGUUUACUCUCAAUAAAAAGAACUGAAAGUG